AUGCUCCAAUUACAGUCGUUCCAAGUGCUAGACUGGCUCCCGCAUUCUCUUGAUUUCAACUCCAUCGAGCAUGCAUGGCACGAUGUACAAUUUGAUUAUUUUGGUCGCAAACUUGCUACUUGCUCUUCGGAUAAAACAAUUGUUAUACGAGAAUACAUAGCGGAUAAUAAGAUUAAUAUAAACGAAAGCUACGAAGAGGCUAAUAUUUCUUCUGAGCAUAAUCGAUUUUUUGAUUUAAAUAAAUUUCAACACACAGCAACUUUAAGAGGCCACACCGGCCCCGUUUGGGAGCUUUCUUGGUGCCAUCCUCUGCACGGCAUCCCUCUUUUGGCUUCUUGCUCCGAAGAUGGAGAUGUGAAAAUAUGGGCGCAAAAAAGAAAUCUUUUAACGUUUGAUUUCAAAAAUGGAGAAAGUAAUGAAAAUACGCAUUUUGAUUGGUUUUGCGCGUGGACUAUAGAAAACGGGAGCGCGGUCACGUGCGUAAAAUGGGCGCCAUUUUACACCGAAUUUUCCAAGCCUGAUGAGCUCUAUUUAGCAUUUUCUUUGGCUUCUGGCGUUGCUAAGCUCUAUAAGUUUUUAGUGAACGAUAAGUUUAACGAUCUUUCCUUGUCUAUUAUAAACACUUCUUCAAUUGAUUGCUCGACAUCUUCUUGCAACGCCGUUGAUUGGUCCCCUCUGGGUCUCCACAUAGCGAUUGCCUCGUCCAACGGCGUUAUGAUAUAUUACGAGCUAGGAAAUUCAACCGUAAAUCUAAAUCCGCAUUAUCGUAUGCUCGACAACUAUUGGAUCCAAGAUAUUGCUUACUCUCCUUGUAAAAUUUCUCCACCAAUGAUUGGUGCUUGCGGAAUGGAUCACGAUAUUGGAAUGGUUUGGAUUUUAUACUUCGAUUCCAUAAAUGACGAAUGGAAAUGCAAUGAUAUAAAAAUACCCAAUAAAAUCAUAUGGCGCCUUUCUUGGUCUGAAAUGGGCCACGUGCUUGUGGUGUCUACUACUUCUCUUGACGAUGAUGAGGACGAGCAAGUGUUUGUAUUGAAAAGGCCAGUUGAUCUUUCAGAUGAUUGGAUCGUUGUGAACAUUGACGAUUUAUACGAUGAACACGUGGAAUAG